AUGGAACUCGAAAGUAGACAGCAAUAUAUUAUAGAGAAACAAAACGAGUUAAAAGUAAAACUAGAACAAUAUAAUAAAUGUAAGAAAAGAUGGAUUAGAGUUGAUUCUGUUUUCAAAACACUGAGUGUAGUUCUAACAGUAGGAACAACAGUUGCAACGGCUGUAACUGGUGGAUUAAUGGUUCCAGUACUUGUCCGAACUGUAUUAGCCACAAAUUCUGCUUUUCAAACUUCAUCUUGUGGGUUGAUUGCUAUUGCUAUGAAAAGUAUAAGUAAUGCUGGGUUAUUUGCUUGGGAUUGUGAAACAUAUUCAGCAAAGUGGAACGCGUAUGCAUAUACGUUAAUUAAUUUCGAAAAACUAACAAAAAUGUUAGACAGAAUAAAUAAUCUCUUUCCAGAUUUAAAUCCUACAGAUAAUGUUCCAGAAGAAUUUUAUGAUAAACUAAUGAAUAUAGUAGAAAUAUUUGUAGCUAAUCCUAGAACAGCUAUUUUAACAGUGUGGGUUGACUAUUCCAAAAACAUGUUCUUCCAACCGAUACCACCUAAAGAUAAUAUCACUUUCACGAAUAAAGACGGAAAAAAGGAAACUGGCAGUAAAAUCAGGUUUAGAAAUGGUUUCUGUUCAGAUGUUUUAACAUCGGUCGAUAUUCAAGAAAUAGUUAAAGCCGGUGGACGAAUUAUUAGAAUAUUAGAUGUAAAUGGAUUUUAUAAACCUGAAAUAUACUAUACCGAUACUGAUGGUUUAUUCAUUUCAUCUAGAAAUUGGGAUAAAUUAAAUCGAGCUGGGUUGGUAUCUGAAAAUGAAUAUUGUAAAGGCAAGAAUGAUUAUGGUGAUGGUGGAAUCAUAUUUGGUUUAUAUUUAGCGCCGAAAAUCAAAUAUAUCAUUCUUACUUCUGAUGGUGUUUUAAAAGAAAAGAAAACGUUUAAGGGUUAUUCUUAUAAUAAGACAAGUGUAGAAGAUUAUAUUCAGUUGGCUAGUGGACAUGAUGUGUCGAACGAAUUUAAUAAAAGAUGGAGUUUCACGAAUGGAGUCGUUAUUCCAAAGGAUGAUGAUAAACAAAAGAAAGUUUUUAGAAGUUAUUUGAAUCUAGUAAAGAGAAAACAACCCAACAGUGAAGGAACUGUGUUUCCUUAUAGUGAUAAAGAUGAGUAUAGUUUUGAUGAAAACUAUGAAUUUGAUGAUUUCGAUAACAUGUAUAUUCAAGAGGAGAAUGAAGAGUGGUUAAUUAAUCAAUAA